CAACCUUGCGGAUGGAAAAGAAGCUGCAACUGCCCAAGCUGCCUCCGGGCGUCGUCGGUGCGCCUGUGCUCUCCGGGGCCAGCACGGCACUUGCUAUUGCCGCCGGUGUCAUGGCAGUCGUAGGGAUGUCCACACUCCACAAGCGUGCGGCCACUCGAUCCGACGCACACAAGAAGAACGGUUCCGAUAUCCGUGUUGGCUUGCUGCGCAUGCACGUGCCGCAGAAUUUCCGGGACCUGGUAAAGAAUGACGUGCUGCUGGAGAAAUCAACCGAGUUUAUCUCGCAGACAUUACUUAUAUUUGUGUCCGGGAGGGACAAACACGAAGUGGUUAACUACAUUAGCGAGCUCUACGGCAUGGCAUGGGACGUCGCUUGUGCGCUUGGCAAGCCCUUCCUGGACAUCCGGAUUGUGGGUGGCGGGGUGUCCAAGGACAGCAAGACGUGGGAGGAGUUGGUGCUGCAGCCAGACUUGAACGCGGUGUUCGGCGAGGACGCUCUGGUGGACGUGCAACGUCUUAACGUGCAGCGCUUCGAGCGCGACGGACUGUUUGCAGUCACUUACCAUCCAUUGGCGAUGCAUGUGGAGAGGAGGCUGGCAGCCGACAUCAAGUACUUUGAGAAUGAGCACGCGGACCUAACGCCACACGAUCUGGUCAUCCUGGGAGGCACGUUCGACCACUUGCACAAUGGACACAAGAAAUUGCUGUCGUUGGCUGUCAGCAUCUGCGCCAACCGCAUUCUGGUGGGCGUUACAGCAGAUAAUAUGCUGAAAAAGAAGUCGCAUGCAGAGUUGCUGGAGCCCUUGGAGAAGAGAAAGAGUGCCGUGCGCGACUACAUUGCAUUCCUCAACCCGCAGAUCACUGCGGACAUUGUGACGAUUGAAGAUCCAUUUGGUCCAGCCAUCGUCGUCCCAGAGCCAGCAGCUAUGGUUGUGUCCACCGAGACGCUCCCGGGUGCUUCCAAGAUCAACAGCAUUCGCGUGGAUCGCGGACUGCCGAAGCUCCACAUCUUUGCGUGUCGGCGUACAGAGAGCAGCACUCUUAGCUCUAGCUGCAUCCGCCAAAAGAUCGCAGCUUCUCGAAAGCAUUAGAGUGUCGGAAAGACUAUUUGUUGAAAUGAAGUACAACAAUGACUAUCGCCUCGCUCAGCAACAUGAUAUUACUACAGGUUCACACAACGAGACUGAUUGUAGGACAAGAAACCCCACUACCGAGCUGCUGCUAACGUCCGAGUACUGUUCGCU